AUGGCCAUAAAGGAAGGGAUUGUGCUAUGUAAACAGACUGGAGAAUUGGUAGGAUUUGAAGACUUGAACAUUGGUGUUGACCUCAAUACUAGACCAGAAGAUCUAAAUGAUAAUGAUGAAGAACACAGUGACAACUCCUCUGAAUCAACAGAUUCCGACUCAUUGUCUAUUGCAUCUGACCAGGAGUAUGACUACAGUCCUGAAACUGCAUUGCCCAGCAUUAAACAAACCCCAUCAUCUAAAAAAGCUAAACAUGUUUGUCAGUUCUUUUUUUCAUCUUUGUAUUACGAUCCGACCUCCGUGGUAAGAGUGUAUAUCAAAGAUGAUAACCUAAGGACACAGCCAAAGUUUAUCGUUUUUCUUUCACAACUACUACUGCUCUUCAAAUUUUGCCAUUUUUGCGAAGCUGAAAACCCACUUGUAGAGACAAGGCAAGUUGGGACAAUGGCAGUCGUAACCUCAACCUGUACUAACAAGAAGUGUAGCAAAAAGGAUGUUAUUUGGAGGAGUCAGCCAAACAUGCCAGGAACCAAAAUACCUGCUGGAAACUUCCUGCUGUGCAUGGCAAUAUUGUUAUCUGGCAGCUCAGCAUCAAAAGUGUUGCAGCUGUUCAAGCACAUGGGUGUGGCUUGUUUUUCCCUGAACACAUUCUUCAGACACCAGUGUGAGAAACUGUUUCCAACAAUCCAGUUGUUCUGGAAGUCCUCUCAAGAAAAGAUAAGAAGACAGCUUAAGGAAGCAGGCCAGAAAGUGGUCAUUGCCGGAGACGGGUGUCAUGACAGCAUGGGCCAUAGUGCUAAAUAUGGUGCAUACACCAUAUUUUGUUGCACUACUCCACUCAUCACUCACUUCUCCCUUGUUCAGAGGAAUGUUGCAGGUAGUAGCCCAGCUAUGGAGUUCCUUGGAUUCAAGAAUUGCAUGACAUCUCUCUUGGGAUGUGGUCUGGUGAUUUGA